CAAUUUUACUUUCAUGGAUGAUCUUAUCAAACUUUCGUUCUCUUGCGAUUAAAAAUCAAUUAAAAAAAUAUAAAAAGAAAAUUACAAUUCUGGAAAGAAAAAGAAAAAGAAGGAAAGAAAAAUUCCCCAAAAAACAAAACUAGGGUUAGCUUCUGCCCAAUCCUAUUCUUCUUCUUCUUCUUCCUCGGAUUCACAUCACUUGCCGGCUGUCGGGUGUUCCGCAUCACUUCUCUCUUCACCUAACUUUCUCCUCUCCUUUUCUUAAAAUUAUCACUCUCUCCUCUCCCAAGUCCUGAUCGAUUACAUAGCUUCACGAUUCUUCUAAGUUAUCAUCAAAAACUUUACUGUGAAUAGAGAUGCAAUCGAAAUCGGGAAGAGGAAACGAAGAGGAAGUCAAUAAUCAUAACCAUGCUGAUCAGCAGCCUAUGAUGUAUCCAGAGCCCUGGUGGAAGAAUAAUACUUUUGGUGUCGUUCAUCCAGAGAGACCUUCUGUGAUUCCUUCGAAUUCGUCGUCUUUGGAUUGUCCUAAUGGUUCUGAAUCGAACGAUGUUCAUUCAGCUUCUGAAGAUGGUGCGGGUAAUGGUGAAAACGAUGGCGCUUGGAAGGAUUCACAAGCUGCUGUUACUUCCUCCCCUUCAGUUGACCAUCAUGGAAUGGAAGGAAGUGAUCCGACACGUGUGGCGGCUUCUAUGCAUGGUCAGCAACCUGUACAACCACCAGAGCUUGUUGGACACUACAUGGCUUGUGUCCCUAAUCCAUACCAGGAUCCAUAUUAUGCGGGAAUGAUGGGAGCUUAUGGACAUCAGCCAUUGGGUUUUCGUCCAUAUCUUGGAAUGCCUCGUGAAAGAACGGCACUGCCACUUGACAUAACACAAGAACCUGUUUAUGUCAAUGCGAAACAGUACGAGGGAAUUCUAAGGCGUAGAAAAGCACGUGCCAAGGCCGAGCUAGAAAGGAAAGUAAUCAACAGAAAGCCAUAUCUUCACGAGUCAAGACACAAACACGCAAUGAGAAGGGCAAGGGCUAGUGGAGGCCGGUUUGCCAAGAAGACUGAGGCAGAGGCAGCAGAGGAAGCAGCAGCUGGGAGAGAAAGAGAAAGGGUUUCAGCAACCAACUCAUCAGGCUCCGAACCAGUUGAGACAGACUCUAAUGAAACCCUGAACUCUUCAGGUGCACCAUAAUCUGCCAAACCUCUAAGAAAAAAAAAGAGACACGCUUUGGCUUACUACAUCAUUGCCUCAAACCGGCAAAUCAUUCUUGGCUUUUGGGUUUUGUGUUUGCUUACUUACUUGUCCUUGUCAGUGUCUCAUGUUGUGUGUGGAGUUACAAUGUACAAAGAGAAACCGAGUUAUGUUUAGGUGUUAUAGAUUUGAGACAAAAGAUUGGGGAAUAGUCAGUAGGUCUUGUUUUUUAUUCACUUUUCUUUGGAAAAUUUGGAAUAUACAUACGUUUGUUUAAUCGUUUGCUUUUCUGAUCUGAAAAUGUAACAGAGCCGACAUUGUUGUUCGUUUUUUGCUUUGAUCAAGAUGUGAAUCUAU